AUGGCAUCCCAAGGCCAGGUCAUAUUCUGGAGCCUGACCAUGGUCAUUAUCGUCCUGGCUGCAGUGAUCGCCCUGAUCAUCGGGUUUGGUGUCUCAGGAAAGCGCUCCAUCAGCGUCACCGCCUUGACGUCCCCUGGGAACAUCGGCCAGAGCGGCCUCUUGGGCUGCACCUUCGAGCCUGACAUCAGGAUGGGCAGCAUAGCAAUUCGGUGGGCAAAGGCUGGCGUGGCCGGGCUGGUUCACGAGUUUAGAGGGGGGAAGGACCACCUGCAAGAGCAAGACGUGGAAUUUCACGGCCGUACGGCGGUGUUUGCGGACCAGGUGAUCGGUGGAAAUGCUUCCCUGGAGCUGAGAGACGUGAAGCUCUCCGACGCCGGUACCUACAGGUGCUCUGUCACCACGUCCCGAGGGAGCGGGGUGGCGGAGCUGCAGUACCAGACAGGAGCCUUCAGCACCCCCCAGGUCCAGGUGGAGAACAGCAGCAGCAGGGACACGCUGCAGUGCGAAGCACCGCGGUGGUUCCCUCGACCCACCGUGCACUGGACAGCCUACAGCGACACAGGGAAGUGCCUGCCUCGGGUUGCCAACACCAGCUACGAGCUGAACUCUGAAAACAUCACUCUGAAGGUGGUCUCCCUGCUGCAUAACAUUACUGCUAAUGCCACCUACACCUGUGUGAUUGAAAACAGCAUUGCCAAGGCCACAGGCGACAUCAAGGUGACAGAUUUCAGCAUUACCAGGGGGACCAACUUGCAGCUGGUGAACCUGAACACAGAGUCAGUGUCCUCCUCCCUUCCAGCCUGUCACUGGAUGCUUCUGCUUCCCGUGUGCCUGCUGUCAGUAUAAAACAUCUGGAAACACUGCUGGACCAAGGAGGUGAGCUUGGAAAGAGAAAUCGAUAAGCAUAUAUGCUUGGUACGAUACAUGGAAGCUCUUGCUGAGCUCUGUUACAGCAGCAGGUUUAACUCAAGCCUGGCAGAA